CUCUUAAUACUGCUAAGUCACCCAGCCAAAAGGCAAAAAUAUGGCAAAAUAUCCGUGAGCAAUUUGACACGUUAUACCCGGAUAGGAGCGAAAAGGCUAUAAGGAAAAGGUGGGAGAAGCUUCUGGCGGAAUAUAAGAAAAUGCAAGACAAUAAUCGGCGAACGGGUGCAGAGAGAAUGGAGUUUGAAUAUCAAGAGGAAAUUCAGGAUAUAGUCACUGACGAUCCAGUGUUCAACGAGGUAGCUGAUUGCACAGCUACAUGA